CAUAAAACAAGCACAGAUAGCAUUUACUGCCCAUCUGACAUAAUCUUUGGGUUUAGCAUUUCCCCAGCCAGUUGACUGGCUUCUGCCUCAUUUCCAUCUUCAUUUCACUGGUAACUUCCCAUCCGAUCGGUCAUGAGUCAAGGAAUCAUCAGUCAGGAGGUAAACGGUCGCCAGGAGCCGUCGGGAACUUCUGGAGAGGAGGGCUUGCGGCGCAGGGUGGCAAUUGUCGGAGCAGGUCUGGUUGGCUCUCUGGCGGCCUUGAACUUUGCCCGCAUGGGCAACCGCGUGGAUUUGUACGAGUACCGAGAGGAUAUCCGUCAGGCUCUGGUGGUUCAGGGCAGGAGCAUCAACUUGGCUCUUUCCCAGCGGGGUCGAAAGGCUCUGGCCGCUGUGGGUCUGGAGCAAAAGGUGCUGGCCACCGCGAUACCCAUGAGGGGACGAAUGCUGCACGAUGUCAGAGGAAACACCAGUGUGGUCCUCUACGAUCCGACGACAAAUCAGUGUCUUUACUCCGUGGGUCGCCGGCAGCUCAACGAAGUCCUUCUGGACGCUUGUGAUAAGCUGCCCAAUAUCCGCUGCCACUUCGAGCACAAAUUAACGAGCGCCAAUCUGAAAGAGGGUUCCAUGGAGUUCCGGAGACCCGGGGUCGAGGAAGCUAUAGCUGCCAAUGCUGAUCUUAUAGUGGGCUGUGAUGGCGCCUUCAGUAGUGUUCGCCAGCAAUUAGUUCGCCUGCCGGGGUUCAACUAUUCCCAGGAGUAUAUUGAAACGGGUUACCUGGAGCUUUGUAUACCCUCGAAAGCGGGCGAUUUCCAGAUGCCUGCCAAUUACCUGCACAUCUGGCCGCGAAUCUCCUUCAUGAUGAUUGCCCUGCCCAAUCAGGAUAAGUCCUUUACGGUCACCCUCUCCAUGCCCUUUGAGGUCUUUGCCCAAAUUCAGAAUCAAAACGAUCUACUGGAUUUCUUUAAACUGAACUUCCAGGAUGCACUGCCUCUCAUUGGAGAGCAACAGCUCAUCAAGGACUUCUUCAAGACCAGGCCCCAGCAUUUGGUGUCCAUCAAGUGCAGACCCUACCACUAUGCGGAUAAGGCCCUGAUUCUGGGCGAUGCCGCCCAUGCCAUGGUACCGUAUUAUGGCCAGGGAAUGAAUGCCGGAAUGGAGGAUGUCACUCUGCUCACCGGAAUUCUGGCCCAGCAGUUGCCUCUGGACGAGGCUUUGGCCGAGUUUACCGAAUCUCGCUGGCGGGAUGCAUUUGCCAUUUGCGAUCUGGCCAUGUACAACUAUUUGGAGAUGCGCGAUCUGACCAAACGCUGGUCCUUCCGCUUCCGAAAAUGGCUGGACACCUUGCUGUUCCGUUUAUUUCCCGGCUGGAUUCCCCUCUACAAUAGUGUCUCUUUUUCUAGUAUGCCUUAUAGCCAAUGCAUUGCCAAUAGAAAGUGGCAAGAUCAGCUGCUGAAGCGUGUUUACGGUGUCACAUUAUUUUCUCUCCUCAUGGGCGGAAGUGCUGUAUAUGCAAAGCGUUUUUUUUAAACAAGUUCAAAAGUCUUUAAUUUAAAGAUUUAAUUUUAUACAUUAUAAAUUUUGCAUCAAUAAAUAACAUAAAUUUAAACGUUCUAACAAAUUUAGACUUCUGUAGAACAAAUGAGCAAUGUGUGGAUACAAUUGUUGCUAUGGGAAAUGUUGCUAUACAAGUGUUGCCAAUAAAAUGUUGCUGGCAGCACAAAUUUGUAAACAUGUAUACCAUACAUAUAUUUACACCCACAUUUUUCGUGUCUAUAAAUUGCUAGAUCUUUCUAAUUAAAAAAAACUUCGCGAACUUGAUGA